AUGAAAAUUUGUGACAUUUGAAUUGAAAGUAUUUCGGAUAUUAACCGAAAUUUACAAUGCGCACAUCACUAUGGUGAAUGUGAGAGAAUGAUAAAAUGGUGCAUUCGUCGAUCAAACCGGGCCACACAUCCGAAGCCAGAAAUUAAAUUAACAUCCACCAUUUUGUUUAUUUUCGCGAAAAUAAGUCUUUUCCCGGAUACGCUGUAGAAUAUUCCUAUUUUACCGCUAGACAACAGAGUGAUCUAUUACUUCUGGCAAUGAUUAUAAGAUUAGGAAUGUGCUAUUAGCGUUCCUAUCUAUUAUCGAGCCCUUGUGUUGAAAUUUGCAGACAUCGGCCGCGCCGCUAGUAAACAUAUUUGAAAAUUAACAGCAUUACGUGGAAGAAAAAUAAAAACCCACCUACUCAGGGUACCAGAGUUGAUGAGAAAAGUUCGGAUAAUUACUAAGUUUAAAGGGAGUAAUCCCCUAGCGUUAGAGGAAAUAACCAAGAGUAGUGGGCGAGAGUCCCCCGUGGCGCGCCCGGCUAACAUGAACCACACGCCUGCACCGGACAGGCAGCACCAGCACGACACCAAUGUUAAUCAGGUGGAGGAGAUGGAGACUCAAGAUGUGGAAACUGUAGAUGCUGUCACUGACAAGACCUGGGACGACGAACUUAUGAAAGGUCCUAACGGUGAGGUAGUCAUGGGUGAGGUUAUGAAGAAUCAGGAGACCACAUCUUCAGAUAUGCCGCUGGCUUGUCUCGAUACCGAGAUGGAAGAUGACGAGGCGCGGUCAGAAACGACAUUCCGCUUCACGGUACAGAACUUCAGGAACUUAAAAGAUUCCGUACUGUCCCCGGCGUGCUACGUCCGGAACUUACCGUGGAAGAUCAUGGUAAUGCCUAGACAAGCGCCGUCACCCGACCGACAACAGCAGAAGUCGCUAGGAUUCUUCCUUCAGUGUAAUGGGGAGAGUGAGUCUUCGAGUUGGUCAUGCUAUGCUAUGGCAGAGUUAAGACUCAUCUCCCACAAGCCAGAUACUGAACCCUUCUUUAGGAAGAUUCAACAUUUGUUUUAUAGUAAAGAGAACGAUUGGGGUUUCUCCCACUUCAUGGCAUGGAACGACGUGUUGGAUCCCGAGAAGGGUUACAUAAAGGACGACGCAAUCACGUUGGAAGUGCACGUGACCGCCGAAGCACCUCACGGUGUCUCUUGGGAUUCGAAGAAACAUACCGGCUAUGUCGGACUCAAGAACCAAGGCGCGACGUGCUACAUGAAUUCGUUGUUACAAACUUUGUAUUUUACAAAUCAACUACGAAAGGCUGUUUACAAGAUGCCCACAGAAUCUGACGAUAGUACCAGGUCUGUGGCACUGGCACUGCAAAGAGUUUUCUACGAGCUUCAGUUUUCUGAUAAGCCAGUUGGCACGAAGAAGCUUACAAAGAGUUUUGGGUGGGAGACACUCGACUCUUUUAUGCAGCAUGAUGUGCAGGAGUUUCUUAGGGUAUUGUUAGAUAAAUUGGAAAGUAAAAUGAAGGGUACAUGUGUGGAAGGAACAGUCCCUCGUCUGUUCGAGGGGAAAAUGACGUCGUACAUCAAGUGUAAGAAUGUUAACGUAUCCAGCACACGUGUCGAGACAUUUUACGAUAUACAACUUAAUAUUAAAGGAAAAAAGAACAUUGAUGAAUCAUUCAAAGACUACAUCAGUACGGAGACUCUUGAUGGUGAGAAUAAAUACGACGCCGGUGAACAUGGUCUCCAAGAGGCAGAGAAAGGAGUGAUCUUUGCGUCAUUCCCUCCCGUACUCCACUUACACCUCAUGAGGUUCCAGUACGAUCCCAUUACGGAUAGUUCAGUCAAGUUUAAUGAUAGGUUUGAGUUCUAUGAACAUAUCAACUUAGAUGCAUACCUACAAGAGAAACCCGAGACACCAGCCGACUACACACUACAUGCUGUCCUGGUCCACUCAGGAGACAACCACGGUGGACACUAUGUAGUCUUCAUCAACCCCAAGGGAGAUGGAAAAUGGUGCAAGUUCGACGAUGACGUAGUAUCACGUUGUACGAAGCAAGAAGCCAUAGAGUACAAUUACGGCGGACACGACGAAGAUAUGACGAUGACUGUCCGUCACUGCACCAAUGCUUACAUGUUGGUUUAUAUAAGGGACUCACAGUUGAAGACUGUCUUGCAAGAGGUAACUCAGGCGGAUAUUCCUACAGAGUUGAGUGAAAGGCUAGCUGAAGAAAAGAGAAUCGAAACAAUCCGUCGCAAGGAGCGCAAUGAAGCUCACCUGUACAUGAAUGUGAACGUAGUGUUAGAGGAGGCGUUCGACGGCCACCAGGGUAACGACCUGUACGACCCGGAGCGUGCACACUACCGCGUGUUCCGUGUCAGGAAGCAGGCCACCGUCGCAGAACUCAUGGAGAUGUUAGCUGAGAACUUCAAGUACCCACUCAAGCAGCUUAGGCCGUGGCCGUUCAGUGCGCGUUCUAAUCAGACAUGCAGACCAACUUGCCUAGACAUAGUCAAUGACCAACACAAGACUGUGUCAGAUGUCUCCGAGAACAUGAACCCAUGGAACAUAUUCUUAGAAAUGUUACCACCUGACUCUGGGUUCAGCGCGCUCCCGACCUUCGACAAGGAGAAUGAUGUUGUGCUGUUCUUCAAGUUCUACGAUCCUAAACAGAAGCGCAUACACUACUGCGGCCACCAUUACUUGCCGAUCGCGAGCAAGCCCGCAGAUCUUAUCCCUAUACUUAAUAAGCGUGCAGGCUUCCCACCUGAUACACCACUCGUCCUAUACGAAGAAAUAAAGCCAGACUUUGUUGAAAAAAUCAACAAUUACAGCGAACCUCUUGAAAAGGUAUUGGACGAGCUGAUGGACGGCGACAUCAUUGUUUUCGAGCGUGCUGACCAUCGACAUGAGGACCUCGAGCUGCCAACCUGCCAGGACUACUUCAAGUACAUCUUCUACAAAGUCGAAGUGCAAUUUGUGGAUAAGACUGUUCCCAACGACCCCGGGUUUACUAUGGAGUUGUCGAUGCAGAUGCGUUACGACCAGAUGGCGCGGGCAGUCGGACAAAGGCUCAACGUCGACCCUUACUUAAUACAGUUCUUCAAGUGUCAAAACUACAAGGACACCCCGGGAAUUCCACUCAGAUACUCAUACGACGGAAUACUUAAGGAUUUGCUAGUGUACUGUAAACCAAAGUGCCCUAAGAAAUUGUUCUACCAGAUAUUAUCUAUUAAAGUUAAUGAAUUGGAUAACAAAAAACAAUUUAAAUGUUUAUGGGUUGGUCCAAAUUAUAAAGAAGAUAAGGAAUUAAUUUUAUAUCCAAAUAAAGGCGGUAAAGUGUCAGAUAUUUUACAAGAGGCAGCUAAGGUCGUCGAAAUGUCGCCAGACGGUUCGGGAACAUUAAGGAUCGUAGAGGUGUCGUGUCACAAAGUAUUACCUGGGCCCGAUCCUGAAUUGACGCUCGAUCAAGUCACCAUAUCGCCGCCCAGACUCUAUAGAAUAGAGGAAAUACCUAGAGACGAGCUCAACUUGCAGGAGGACGAGAUCAUAGUGCCGUGUGCCCACUUCCAUAAGCAGGUGUACGCGACAUUUGGUAUCCCCUUCUACACGCGCGUCAAACACAACGAGCCCUUCCAGGCCGUCAAGGAUCGGCUACAGAAGAAGCUCGACAUACCUGAUAAGGAGUGGGAAAAGUACAAUUUCGCUAUAGUGACAAAUGGCAGACCUAACUACAUAAGUGAAGGAGCGACAAUAAACAUUUAUGACUUCAGGCCAAGUAGUAACGCGAAUCUGUCCCUUCCAGACGCGACGGCCCGGCCGUGGCUGGGGUUGGAGCAUAUCAACAAGACGCCAAAGCGGUCCCGCGCCAACUACCUAGAGAAGGCGAUCAAGAUAUACAACUGAGCCGUCACGUGCGCUCCCUGGUUCGCAGGACGGGCGCGCCCAGCCCGCUAGUACCGCGACAGUACGCCCGCGCCCCGCGUCUUACUGCGCUCCCUAUACUUUUAAUUUCAUCUCCCACGUUGUCAUUUGUUUGGCUUCUUCUAUUACAGAUAAAUGUAACGUUAACUUUGAGCACUGCGCUUGUGCCGUGUUACUGUCGCCUGGGUACGCAACUUGAUAGCCUUAUUUAUAUAGUUAUAUGCAUCGCUAACACCAAUAUUUGACUUUCUUUACUGCCCUAUUUAUUCUAAGAAGGAAACUAAUCCUGAUCAUGUGAAAUAGACUCUGAGGCCAUAGAAUAGUCAGGCUAGAAAAAUGCUUUUAUGAUUAUUUCUAAUGUGUAACAUAGUUUGUAUGGCCGUCGUAUAAUAUUAGUCUUGUCACGAAAGCAGGAAAGGUUUUGCUGGUAAAGUGAUCCGUUCGAGUAUUAUGUUAUUCUAUUUUUUCAUGUUUGUAUAACACUUUAUAUUAUUUUGUUAAAUCUGUGGCAUUAUUAGAUUUAAUCUUGAGAUCAUUUCGAAAACAAGUUGACUAAACAGUAAUGAUGAAAUGAAACUGAACGUGACCGCUAUCAUACAAAGGAAUGCAAGGGCCUGGUCACGUAGUUUAUCUUGUACAUAGUUUGCGUAUACCGUGGCGACCUGUUUGUAUCUGAACACAGUAUAUAUAGCCGGCGCGCGGGCGUCGCUCAGACUGUGAAACACGUCUCCCCUAAACCAGUGAGUGAACCACGUGGCCUCCCGUACAUACUGACAUGUCUGCAGUUGUUUUUUAUAUUAGUUUAAUGAAAGCUGUUGGUUGAACGAGGCAGAGACAAGAUCGCGAUUCGCCUCGAAGGUUGUGCCAACUGUCCCGGCCUCGCUCAGUCGAGCAGUGCGGUCGUCUGGGGUGAUUCGGCAAUGUAAAGCAUUUUCACGGAGUAUACAAGAAGCAUUAUUUAGACAUGAAUUUGAAUAGUAAUAAAAUGUGCCUCUGUGUGUUGACGCUUGUUUGAUUAACUAUAUUAACAAACUAGUGUAAUAUAAAGAAGUAUUUACCAGUUAAAGCGGCUUGCUGAUCGUUCGUUAUGACGGCAGAGUUCUCGGAAGCUUGUAAUGUUAAAAAACUAUUUUAUUAUAAAUGUUGAACAUAGUAAUCGAGUUGGAUGAAAUGCAUGAUAUUAAUAGUUUAAUUAAUAUUCAAAGGUUUAAAAUACAGCCAGUUGAUAUGUUACUAUUAAUUUCCAAAAUAGAAAAAUAUGGUGAUACAUGACAUACGCUUUACAAAUACCCCCCAUUAAUUAAUUUUAUACCAUUUUACAUGUAACAUAAAUUUUGCUUGACACGUUGCGUCCAUUUUUUUGCAUCAUGGAGAGAUCUUUAACUUUACGACCAUGACUGUCAAAUGAAUUUGAAUAUUUGAAUAGAGUAAAAGAAUUGGUUUUGUAUCUACAAUGAUGGUAUUGUGAUAAUAAAUAUUAGUGAAGCCUGUACAUAGCUGCUGCACAUACCUUUACAUAGGACAAUCAUGUCUGGGUUUGUGCUUUUCUAUAAAAAUAAUGUUAAAAGACACUCGCUAAAACUUUCAUGUGUAAUCUGUUUUAUAGAAAUUAUUGGAGUAUAUUAUAUACUAAAGUCUAAAAUGUUUUAUUGAUUGUCGAAUUGCCAACACCUACGUGUAUGUUUGGGGCUAAAGCAAUAUCAAUUAGUCUAAUAUAGUACCGCGACAAGGCGUAGCGAGUAGCGGCCUCAACUGUACACUAGGUUUAUUUGCACAUAAUAGAAUAACGUUAGCACUGUAUUGUUAAUUCUGGCUAAAAGCGUCCGAGCGAUCUGAAGCGAAGCGGUCUACAUGUUACUAUUUAAUAAUUGGUUAAAUCAGAAUCUUUCCAUUGAGAAAUCCAUUGUAAAAUUAUACUUUUUGGAGAAAUGUUAUUCACUACAUGUUUCGUAAUAAACAAAUGCGAGUACGUGGGUCUUCAUUACUAUAUUAUAUUAAUCGUAGAAAUGAUUAUUAUACAUAGUAAGAGGUGAACCUAGUUCCUGGAAGUAUAAUUUUAUAUAAUGUUACUGUUUAAUUUUAUACUUGACCUGCCAGAGAUAUGUUACGUUUUUAAAUAAAUGAUUAUGUCGAAAUUAUGUAUAUAUAUGAUGUAAUAAAUUAAGAAAAAAAUACAAUAAGUUUUCGUAAAGAUGCCUUAGACGUUUUAAGACAUUUUUAGUGAUUUGAAAUGAUAAUACUUAAUUUAAUUUAUACCCUUUUUAGUUUUUAUUUCGUGUCUGGAGAAGGUAACUUCACAUCUCGAGUAUAUCUCUGUUGUCUAUGAGUGCAAGCGAUGUUCUAUCGAUUGCUUUCCUUCUAAUGUUUCUGUUCAAAUCGUUAAUUUUAUGUUAACAUUGUGUGUUGGUUGCGCUAUUUUCAUUAACAUGGUUUGAGGUAUAUUGAAAAGAACUUAGAAACAUAGUGGCUUAGUAGUUGAUACAUGCCGAGGAUAAUAAAAUGGCAAAUGGGAUUAUAAUUUAUUAAUUGUUUCACAUAUUGAGCUAUUUUACUAGGUUCGAACCCGUUGUGUAGGCGAGUCUGUAUACAGCUUGUGCAAACAUUGAAAGUAUCCCAAUGUUUGUUAUGUUGGAUUUGAAUGUUUCAUUGAAUAUAAUCCUAUAUUUGUUUUA